GGUUAGUGGGAGUGGUUCAGGAGGAGCUGGCAGCCUGCUUUACAUGAGUCGUGGCUGCCGUGGCUUCAGACACUUCCUGUGAGGGGGUCUGCGCACAGCGGAGCAGGACAGCCGAAGCGAGGGCGGAGGAGGCGAGGAGAGGAGAGAGGGAUGGCAGAGAACAGCUCCGAGACCAGCGGCUCCGCUCACCGGAGAUACUCGGCCCAUUCUCCUGGAGACAGGAACAUUUCAGCCGGUGUCGGGGCAUCCAAAUGGAUACGGCUAAAUGUCGGGGGCACGUACUUUUUAACAACGAGACAGACGCUGUGUCGAGAUCCGAAAUCAUUUCUGUACAGACUGAGCCAAGCUGACCCAGAGCUCGACUCUGACAAGGAUGAAACUGGUGCCUAUCUUAUCGACAGAGACCCUGCGUACUUUGGGCCAGUGCUGAACUACUUGAGGCAUGGCAAACUGGUGCUCAACAGGGACUUGGCAGAAGAAGGUGUGUUAGAAGAAGCUGAAUUCUACAACAUCACAUCAUUAAUAAAACUCAUCAAGGACAAGAUCAGGGAACGCGACUGCAAAACAUCACAGGUUCCAGUAAAGCAUGUGUAUCGGGUGCUGCAGUGCCAGGAGGAGGAGCUGACCCAGAUGGUGUCGACAAUGUCUGACGGCUGGAAGUUCGAACAGCUUGUCAGUAUAGGUUACGGGCGGGCCCACCAGUCAGAGUUUCUGCUGAUUGUGUCAAGGGAGGUGAAGGGAGAGGAGUCUGCUUUGCCAAACAACAGCGGAGAGCUGGUCAGCAUCGGCUCCUCUUACAACUACGGAAACGAAGACCAAGCCGAGUUCCUGUGUGUGGUCUCCAAGGAGCUGCACAAUCAGUCUUACGGGACCAACAGUGAGCCCAGUGAGAAGGCAAAGAUUCUUCAGGAACGAGGUUCUCGGAUGUGAGAACGACUCAGUAUUACGAGCUCCAGGCGUUUUCGGUGCAAACGUAUCAUCUUGGUGGAAGAACGCUCGGCACGGUGGAGAAUUAAACCGGAGUGGGGGUGGGGGUGGGGGGUAUUUGUGUCUUCCCCUUCAUAGUUUGUUUUUAUUUCUGGAUGUAAAUAAGCCUGUUUACUGACAGUUUGUGCCUGUACAUUUUGAACUGGACCUGUUUUUGGUUUUGUUUUUGGUUUUGUUUUUGUUUGUUUUUUUAAUUGAGUUAUUGGCGAGUAUUUGAUUUUUCUUAUCUGAAACUAAGGAGAUGUAAAUCUGCAAAUGGUUUAUGCUACAAUAUAUAAAUAUACAUAUAUGGCCAUCAUCAUAUAAGGCCAACGAUUCACUCAGGGUCAUCUAAUGAGUUAACUCUUCAUAUCUUUUAACUUCAGGGUCUUGUAAGGGAUCAGUGUGUUGGUUUUUUAAACUUCAAGUAUCAAACAAAUUCACUGCUCAAGAGACACCAAGAAGGGAUGUGUGUAUUUACAAGACUUAGACUAUUAAAAUAUCAAUUUAUCCACAAAAAUCCAGCUGAUAGGAUGUUAAUCUGGAGAUUUUAAAUAGCUCCACUGAAAUUGGUGAUUGUAUUUAUUUUAGAAAUCUUUUUUCAUCAGAAGUGCUUUACCAAACCUCAGUAUGAGGAACAUCUGAGGCACCCCUUAAACAUGAGAGUUAGGUUGUGUUGCCUUUUGUUUUGAGCCAAAUUUGAGGUUUAAAAAAUUGUCUAAACUCUUAAGGAACAGAGCAGUGAAACAUAUCUUAGAACCUAGUUCCUCUGACUGGUCUCUGGGRUUAAUGUUAGAGUAAAGAGGUGGAAACAUUACAUUUUAAGAAACUGCCAAAAUAAUCAACCAUUUCUAAUGUGAGUUCUGUAAGGCUGCAUUUUUACUCUGUGGAGAAAAAAAAAGAUUUCAAGUCGGUUCAUACCCCACCCCUUUCAUUAAUAAAAAUUAACUCUUAUUUUACACGUUUUAGGGAAUGUAUUUUUUAUUUACGGUAAGAGGAAGUAUUUGUAGUUUUUACUUUGUUUUGUUUUUUUUUUUGUUUGUUUUUUUGGACUGGAACUAUCUUGGGUGGCGGUGAAGGACUUCUCUUCAUAUCAAAAGGAUUUUUAUGUUUCAUGUAAAUAAUCCAAAAUUCAAUACUAAUAUUUAACUCUUUAAAAAAACAACAACAAAAAGCUGCACGUUUUGUACACUGUAUAGAGAACACAGCUUCAAGGGGGAAGUUGUUUGUACUGGAUCUUAAAACAAAAAAAAAGAGCAAACCUUGACAAUGUUUAACUAGUGUUUUUUGUUUGUUUUUUAUAGUUUGCGUUGUUUGUAGGGGACUUUUUUUUUAAACUUGCAGCAGCUGAUGAUGCUGAAUCAGGGCAGUUCUUUCCACUGAGAAGACGCCCACAGAAUAUUUUGAUAACAAUAACAAAGCUAUACUUGGCUGGCUAUGAAAUUGACUGUUACAUUUUAAAAUGAGAUUUUUUUUAAUUAUUAUUUUAUAAGUGUAACAUUCUUAACACCUUGAAUUGUUUAAUACUUAAGCAGGAUUUCAAGCACAACAGUGGAGAACACUGUCCACACUGCUUGCAGCCUGUAAUGUUCUCUAUUGUAAAUAAUGGUUUUAUUUUUAAAGAUAGCUGUUUUCAGGUUUGUUGUGACAUUUUUUUAAUAUAUAGGUUGAACAUUUCAUUUACAAUUAAUCAUAUAGUGUUGCCUUUUUUUUUCUCCCCCCCCCCCCAGUGACCAAAAUCCAAUGUCUUGUGUGUAUUUUAGACAUUGAUCUUCGUGUCAGGGACAAGUUUCUUAAUGCUGGCACACUUUGUACAUAGAGACUUGUUAAACCUCCAGUUAAUCACAUGCACACUUAAUACACUUGACUAAACCAGUUUUUAUACGGUCUGAGAAUAAGUAUGGAUGCAUGAUUUAUUUUAUAUAGAUUUACACACAGAUGUAUAAACACACAAACACAAAGGGCUUUUAAAAGUGCAACCGUUGAGAGGAUUAAUCAACGUAGACUGGAUUUCCUGCCAGAGCUAGGCUAUGUUUACAUUUGCUGUAGUAUUCUGAAGCCUUCCAAUUAUGUACUCUCUUGCACUCCUCCACACAUGUUAACCUCUGUCUGACUUGUGUGACCUCACCAAUGGCAACUAAGCACUCCUCUCGGAUUAUCACUCCCCACGUGUUUUAAGAUAACCCCAUCCUUGUUGUAGAAAAUCAUAUUUUUCCACAUUUUAUCUUCUAGCUAAGAUAAUAUAAUUAUGUUGACUCAGAGCUAAAGUUUUUCUUUAAGGUAUCUUUUCUGUAGUUAAAUGUUUCACUUGCUUUGUAAGUUUAUCGGACAUAUUUUGUUAUACGGUAAUAAAACGAUUAAACUUUUUAGCAGCUGCACCGCGUUCAAUGCUCUUCUCACACAGGUCGUCUCAUCAAGUAUCUGACAUUAAUAAUCAUUCAUCUAAAGGACAAAAAUUAUCAAAUCUGUAGCCUAAUACAUUUGAGUGCCCAGUCGUUUUUUUGUUUGUUUUGUUUUUGCAUUAGUCAUUAACCACAGACCACUAAUGCAUGAUUGAUUGAUCACAACUUUUAAUCAGAAGGAAUGAAUGUCAUUUUUCCUCAAGCUAACAGUGACAUUAUUAAUAAUAAUGGUUCUUGUAUCACUACAUAGAUCACUUCUAUAUGAUCUUAUGCAAUUUAAAAAUGUACAAAUUUAAGUAUGAGGGGGGUAAGAGAUCUAUACACGGUCUUUCAUAAGCAAACCCAAUAAAAAUGUUGUCAUUCA